CUGUUUGGCCUGUGUGUACAUUAGGAAUCUGUUUUUUUUUUUUUUUUUUUUUUUACGAAAGAUAGCGUCUCUGCUCUGUGUUCUGUCUCUAAGGGCCCUGGUGUGACCCACAGCCAGAGGCUUUGUGGAGCAACAUUGCCUCCAUCUGACCACAGUUGUGGGGUAGACUCCCCCCUCCUUCCCUCCUGGGGCAGUGUCACAGCUGUGGAGCAUGAUCGGUCACUGGUCCGGGUACAGGCAGAGAACAUGUUAAGAGAGAACUGGAUUGAACGGGAAUGAAGGGAGAAGUAAAAAUAGGUAUCUUGGGUUGUUGCAUGUCAGCAAAAUGUAUUUGCGGUUGAAGACUGAAGCACUGAACUUGAGACUCGUCUUUAGAUAGACUGUGAUCUACAUCUCUGUCUCUCCUGUCUGUGCCGCAGGCAUCCUUGGUCUUACAGUGUCUUUUUUUUUUUUGUGAUGGUCAUCUUGGGAAGUGAGCAUGUGUUCUUGUGUGUGUGUGUGUAUGUGUGUGUGUGUGUGUGAGAGAGAGAGAGAGAGAGAGAGGGGGGUUCAAAGGAGUUUUGGAAGCCAAAACAUACCAUUUCUCUCUCUUCUGAAUCAUCGUAAGAGGACUCCGGAGACAGGAUGCUGGGACACGUGCUCUCUUUCGGACGCUCCCUUGUGCGGAGGAAGAUGGUGAACAUGGACAACCUGGAGGAGUCCAAGCUGUGUCGCUGUCUGUCCACGGUAGACCUGAUCGCCCUGGGCGUGGGCAGCACGCUGGGUGCUGGCGUGUACGUGCUAGCUGGGGAGGUGGCCAAGGGAAACUCAGGCCCCAGCAUCGUGGUGUCCUUCCUCAUCGCUGCUCUGGCCUCUGUCAUGGCGGGACUGUGCUAUGCUGAGUUUGGUGCGCGUGUGCCUAAGACUGGCUCGGCCUACUUGUACAGCUAUGUGACUGUAGGGGAGCUGUGGGCCUUUAUCACUGGCUGGAACCUUAUCCUUUCCUAUGUGAUAGGAACCUCCAGUGUGGCUCGGGCUUGGAGUGGCACUUUUGAUGAGCUCAUUGGUGAGCACAUCGAGCAGUUCUGUAAAACUUACUUCCGCAUGAACUCUCCGGGCUUGGCCGAAUACCCAGACUUCUUUGCCGUCUGCCUCAUCUUACUGCUGUCGGGGCUUCUGUCAUUUGGAGUGAAGGAGUCUGCCUGGGUGAACAAGGUCUUCACAGCUGUCAACGUUCUUGUGCUCAUGUUCGUCAUAAUCUCAGGGUUUGUGAAAGGAGACCCACUUAACUGGAAGAUUUCAGAAGAAUCUCUCGUGAACGUUACUAUUGUGACAAGGAACCUGUCUUUCACUAGCAAUGUCACCAGUGAUUACGGUGUUGGCGGCUUUAUGCCAUAUGGAUUUGGUGGAACCUUAGCAGGAGCUGCCACCUGCUUCUAUGCUUUUGUUGGCUUUGACUGCAUUGCAACCACGGGUGAGGAGGUGAAGAAUCCACAGAGGGCCAUCCCUAUUGGCAUUGUGGUCUCCCUGCUGGUCUGCUUCUUGGCCUACUUUGGUGUGUCCGCUGCCCUAACCCUCAUGAUGCCCUACUACCUGCUGGAUGAGAAGAGCCCCCUGCCUGUGGCCUUUGAGUACGUUGGCUGGGGACCUGCCAAGUAUGUGGUGGCAGUAGGGUCACUUUGUGCCCUGUCGACCAGUCUGCUUGGCUCCAUAUUCCCAAUGCCGCGUGUAAUCUAUGCUAUGGCAGAGGAUGGGGUGCUUUUCAAAGUGUUAGCCCGAAUCAAUCCUAAGACCAAGACCCCACUAAUUGCCACAAUGACCUCUGGAAUAGUAGCAGCGGUUAUGGCCUUCCUGUUCGAUCUCAAAGCUUUGGUGGACAUGAUGUCUAUUGGAACUCUGCUGGCCUACUCCCUAGUGGCUGUGUGUGUACUCAUUCUCAGGUAUCAGCCAGACUUUGCCCAUGAGAAGACCCAGUUUAACGGGGAGAAGGACGGCAUUUCCUCAGAGGAGGGCGAGUCAGAGCUGACCGAGUCAGAAUCACACCUCAACAUGCUGAAGGACGGAGGCCUGACGCUGCAGUCUAUACUCAACCCCUCUGUCCUGCCCACGGAGCAGUCCUCCACUGUGGUCAACAUGUCCGUCAGCGUGAUAGUGCUGGUGGUCUGCGUGGUCAGCACUCUCACCACAUAUAAAGGACAAGCCAUCCUGGCCAUGGAGUCCUGGAUCCUUGGUCUCCUGGCGGUGGCCUUCGUCAUCUUUGUAGCCUGUGUCUUCAUUGUCUGCAGGCAGCCUCAGACACGCAAGAAAGUCUCCUUCAUGGUCCCCCUCUUGCCAUUCCUCCCCAUCUUCAGUAUAUUUGUCAACAUUUACCUCAUGGUCCAACUGAGCGGGGACACUUGGAUUCGCUUCUCCAUCUGGAUGGCUGUUGGGUUCCUCAUCUAUUUUGGCUACGGCAUGUGGCACAGCGUGGAACGCAAGCGCCAGCAGGAAGGCUCUAUCUGCAGUGUCACGCAAGAGAAGACCAAGAUUGAGAAGGGCAAGGGCAUGGGCCCUGACGGCGAGGGCCAGCGAAUCCUCCAGCAGAAGACCAGCGAGUGUUAGUGCGUGGCGCUGGCCAGCGCGCUUGGUUGGACCCAAAAAGACUCUCGCAGGUCACCCGCACACAGGGCGCCUGUGUCACACUGCCUGAGACAAGACGCUCACAAACACACAACAGUAAUCCAUCUCCCAUCCAGGUCACACGUCACUCGGUGUGCCCACUGUUAGCGCACAGAUGGCACUCUGCUAUGAGGUGCGGCGUGCCUUCGCUUUCCACAGGAAAGACAUGACCCACUUUGACACUAAAGCAGUGAGCCAUUACAAAUGUACGUGCAGCAGGAAAACAGCCACACAAGUAGUAUGUCUCUAGUACAGGAAAUAAGCAGCUUUUGCUUCCAUUUUAGAAUGGACUAGAAAGGUGAGGAGGGCUUUGUCCGCAGUAUUUUUCUCCCCGGUUGCCGUCUUGCUGCUACAAUUUACUUUCUGGCUUUUAGUCCAAAAGUUACAUUUCACACACUUGAGGUUAGCAAGUGCAGUGACUUGUGUUUGAAAUCAAUCUAAAUUUAAAAGAAAACAAGGCUGGGUUAUUAAGUAUCAAGUGGAGGCAGGUCCAAUAGUACAGUACUUAUAUAAACAUCAUAUCAUUCUUAUAUCCAAGUUAUAUGGACAGUUGGCAGCGCAGCAGUGAUUUGACAUCAAUCAAUGUAUUUGUGUCAUUACAAAAUUGUAUAACCUGCCUUUCCAUCCACCAGAUUACAGAUUGGCAGGGCCUACCCAAUACCUAUAUAUAAUAAUCUCAAGAGCAAUGAUUUUUAAAUGAGAGCUGGUUCUGACUAGAAGGAAAUACAUUCCUACAUAUCAUUUUCCAUUAAACUAAACUAUAGUCAAUGCUUCUUUGUGUCCAAGAACUGCCACUUUUUGGAAAGAUUUUGCCAUCCCUCUCUUAGGCAGGGCAGUUACAGUGACACCCUGAUUUCAGUGGGGCUAUAGUGAGCUGUUACUUUAUAUACUUGAUAGAUUUAGCCAUGAUGUGCAGAGGAUGAGCCUCUAAUAAAUGACAGGGUUACUUAAUUUUAGUCUUGUAUUUGACUGUACUUAUGUCAUUUAUUUACGUUAUAUUAUUGACAGUUAGCAGACGGUCUUAUCCAGAGCAAUUACAUACUGUAGGUUACAGUUUUUUAACAUGU